AUGGCCGCCAUUCCCGACGACCGUGUGACGUCCUCCGACGAGUCGUCGUCUGGGGCUGAUGACGGCGAGUGGCUCGAUGUUGAGCCCGAUGAGGAGGCAGUUUCUGUGGUGUCCCUGUUCGACUCCAAGACCUUUUCGUCUCUACAAGAGAUGCUGUCCUACUGUCUGCAUCACUAUGGCUUCGAUUUCAAGGACAAUCUUGCUCGGCUUCGUCUUGACUUUCUCGGCGCCGUUAAGCUGGUCAACUUCGUUCGCGACAGUGUGAAACGCGGCCAGCCCCUGCCGUCUCCCAUUACACUCCAGGACAUUGCCAGUGAUGGCUUCCUUAAGCCGGUGUUAGACAAUGACGCCGUACUGUUCUCCCUCGACGAUGUCCUCGAGACAGUGAGCGCACAGGCCUCCCAAGACGAUGGCGAGCAGGCCGCGGCCUUGCGAAAACGCAAUGCUGAGCUCGAGGCUGAACUUGAGGUCAUCCAAUCUAGCUUCGCUAGCUAUCGCCUCACAGUGCAGGAGACGCUCGAUCGGCGCUGGGGCGACGACCAGGGCGUGUCUACGAGCCCGCUAACCCAGACCAGCAACACACAGGCCCGUGACAGCUCCGACUACUACUUCGAGUCGUAUGCGUUCAAUGACAUACACGAGACUAUGCUGAAGGAUCGGGUCCGCACAGACGCAUACCGUGACUUCAUCUAUGGAAACAAGCAUCUCAUCAAGGACAAGGUGGUGCUCGACAUUGGUUGCGGCACAGGCAUUCUCAGCAUGUUUUGCGCCAAGGCUGGCGCGGCUCACGUCAUUGCCGUGGAUAAGUCGGACAUCAUCCACAAGGCGAGGGAGAACAUCUUCAACAACGGCUUGUCAGACAUUAUCACAUGUCUCCACGGCGCCAUCGAAGACGUGGUUCUUCCCGUCAACCAGGUGGACAUGAUUGUCAGUGAGUGGAUGGGUUAUUGCCUCUUGUACGAAGCAAUGCUACCUAGCGUACUCUAUGCGCGCGACAAGUACCUCAAACCCGAUGGCCUACUGGUUCCGAGCUCAGCGACGAUCUGGGUUGCACCUAUUGCCGAUCCAAAUUAUCUGGCCGAACACAUUUCUUUUUGGCGGGACGUUUACGGCUUUGACAUGAAAGCGAUGCAGGAGGGCAUCUACGAUGAGGCCCGCAUAGAGACAAUGCCCGGCAGCUCUGUCUGCGGCACCCCCUUUCCCUUCAAGACGCUCGAUCUGGGCAGCGUGAAACCUGAAGAGCUGGUUUUCACGGCAGACUGGCACUCAGACUUGAACAGGCCCGUCGAUGACAUCGACGGCUUUCUUGUUUGGUUCGACAACUUUUUCGCCACGUCGCGUCACGAACCGAUACCGCCUCCUCCAACCACGCCGGAUGCUUGGGUGGCCAAGAAGAGCGGUAACGUCGCCUUUACCACGGCACCAGACGGUUUCGAGACCCAUUGGAAGCAAGGACUGCUACUCGCGGAGCCACGAGAUUCGCCCAUGUCGAGUCCUAGGGGAACACGUGUCUCCGGCAAGAUUACGUUCAAGGUCCUCGAGGAGAAUGCUCGAGCCCUCACCAUAGACGCCGCAUGGGGUGUUGCAGGCCGGCCAGAGAGAAGCCAGUCAUGGAAACUUAAGUAG